CUUUUCUCACAAUGUCUUCCCCAUCUCAAAUCCAAUCCAUCUCGCCUCCGGAAUCAUAACCCUAGAGAAAUUCGAUUUUCAAUCUGAAUCCUAUAAACCGCCUGGAUUUGACCGACAGCCGUUUGGAUUUUGACGGAGAAGAAUAUCGGAUAAAUACAAUAGCAGUCGAUGAUGUCUAACGUGAAGCCAAUAGUGAUACGAGAAGUAUGGGCGAGUAAUAUCGUAGAAGAAUUUAAGCUUAUUGAAGAUGCGAUUGAUGAAUACUGUUUCAUAUCCAUGGAUACUGAGUUUCCAGGUAUAGUGUAUCGACCUGAUGGUGAUAACAAGACUUUGUUCCGCAACCGGAAAGCUAUUGAUCAUUACGUGAUCCUCAAAUCAAACGUUGAUGCUUUGAAUCUUAUUCAGGUUGGUUUAACUUUAUCAGAUUCAGAAGGGAAUUUGCCUGAUUUAGGUACUGAGAAUCGAUAUAUUUGGGAAUUUAAUUUCAGUGAUUUUGAUCUUGAGAACGAUGAGUAUGCGCCUGAUUCAAUUGAGUUGUUGAAACAACAAGGGAUUAACUUUCAGAAGAACAGAGAAGAUGGAAUUGACUCGGUUAGAUUUGCUGAAUUAGUUAUGUCUUCUGGACUCGUUUGUAAUGAGUCGGUGAGUUGGGUGACUUUCCAUAGUGCUUACGAUUUUGGUUAUCUGGUUAAGAUCUUGACGAGCCGUGAUCUACCUAACGAAAUUGAUGAGUUUUUGAGUCUUCUAAAAGUUUUCUUUGGGGCGAAGGUGUAUGAUGUGAAACAUAUUAUGAAAUACUGUGAGAGUUUGUACGGUGGAUUGGAUCGGGUUGCCGGAGUCCUCAAUGUAGAUAGGGCUGUCGGUAAAUCGCAUCAAGCCGGAUCGGAUAGUUUGCUAACAUGGCAUGCUUUUCAAAAGAUUAGAGAUGUAUACUUUACCAAAGUAGUACCAGAACAAUAUGCUGGUGUGUUGUAUGGAUUAGAGGUGUAUUAAAAAUAUACUGUAGUUAUUUUCCUUUCAUUAAAGAUUUAUAAUAUUUUUUGGUUUGGAUUA